AUGAGUGAUAAACUAAAAAGAACCGUGGCCCGGUUCCAACAGAGAAUCGACAAUAAAGAUUUCUACGAGGCCCAUCAGACUUUGCGCACCAUCGCCAAUCGCUAUGUCAAAUCUUCCCACUACAGUGAAGCCAUUGACUUGUUGACGCAAGGACUGUCGAUCUUGGCCACCAACAAAGAAUACGGAUCGGCGAGCGAUCUCAUCUCGUACUUGAUCGAUGUUUAUUCUGAGGCCGGCAUCCGCUGCGACAACACGGCCAAAGACUACAAGCUUAAACUUGUCGAGUUGAUUUCUCUUUUGCCGGACUCGGACCCAUCUUUGGGCGACUUGGCAAAGCAGGCAUUGGCGUGGUCCAAGGGAAUGGGCGGCUCCAAGUUUGGCGACUCGAGCUUGCAUCAUUUGUUUGGCACAAAGAUGUUGGCUGGUGCCCAGACCCUUUCUAUUGAAGAAGAUCGCUACAAGAUGUUUGCCUUGGCGGAAUUGCACUUGAUUCUCGGCACGUACGAGUCAUUGCCGGUCUAUGUGGACUUUUUGUUCCUGUGGUGGGCAGAGAGUGGAAAAUCUGCAGACCCAGGCAUUUUUGCUUCUCGUGCAGUUAUCAACUAUGCUUACUUGAAGAACAUCAAGUUCGCUCGCUUGGCCUUGGACCGUUUUGUGGCAAAGUACAAGGAAACAGCGCUGCAUGAAACCAUAGAGGGCUUGGACUUCUUUGCUGACGCCGAACUUUUGAACUUUUUGCUGUUGCUUGUGGUGACUCUUGGGAAAUUCGAUGCCUCCGACAAAUUCAUGAAGUUGUACUCUCAUUACAAGCCUCUUUUGGUUCAGCAUGAACUUGUGGCUCCAGUGGAGUAUUUGGGCCGUUUCUACUUCAAAUUGCAAUUGGGAAAUGCCCAAGGAGGAAACAUGUUGGCGAAUCUCAUGAGUGGGUUGUUUAAGUAG